AUGCCAAGAGGUCUCCAUGCUGCACGUAAAUUGUCUGCACAACGCCGAGCGAACCGCUGGGCCGAUAAGGAGUGGAAGAAGGGGAAAUUAGUCACUCGUUAUAAAUGCAACCCUCUUGGAGGUGCGUCCCAUGCCAAAGGACUUGUCCAAGAGAAGCUUGGGAUUGAAACAAAACAACCAAACUCGGGUAUUAGAAAGUGUGUCAGAGUUCGUUUAUUGAAGAAUGGGAAGAAAAUCACUGCUUUUGUCCCCAAGGAUGGUUCUUUGAACUACAUCAACGAAAACGAUGAAGUCCUUAUCUCUGGGUUCGGUAGAAGAGGUCACGCCGUCGGUGAUAUUCCGGGCGUCAGAUUCAAAGUCGUCUGUGUUGCUGGUGUCUCCCUUCAUGGUCUCUGGACAAACAAGAAACAAAAACCACACGCCUAA